ACUCCAAAGCAGAACUAAUCUAAUUUAAUUUUUCGACAGAAACACUUCGGAGUCAAAUCCGUCGAAAUUUAGCACCAGGUAGCUAUAACAGAUAUUGUGUUGUAUCUAGUAUUAAAUUUUACUUUAAUGUUAAAAUCUAUUAAUGAAAUAUAAGUUAAUUAAAUUUACAAUUACAUAUUCUAGUCAUUUUUCUGACAAGCUACCUGGUCGCACGCGUGUUCCCAUCAACUAAAUGUUUUGCUUGUAUGUAAUGACUUGUACUUGGUUAAUAUUACAGUGAAGUCGAAUUUUGAAGAAUUCAUGUUACUAUUCGUGUAAGUGUUUCGUACAUUGACAUUAGGAAUGGCUUCUUUAAGAUUAUUGGCAGCUAGUGCAAGUGCUGUGGGGGCAGGUGUUCUUACUAAUUAUUACUUCACAAACGACAAUACAGUUCAUGCGGAGAAACUCUCGAAACCGGUAAAACGACCUCUUCCUUCAAGAGAAGAACAAUUGAAAGCUCUUAAAUCCGGAGAGCAAUAUGACGUUAUUAUAAUUGGAGGAGGUGCAACAGGUGCAGGAUGUGCUCUCGAUGCGUGCACUCGAGGUUUAAAAACAGCUCUGAUCGAAGCCGAUGACUUCGCAUCAGGAACUUCGUCUCGUAGUACGAAAUUAAUUCAUGGCGGAGUACGAUAUUUACAAAAAGCUAUUAUGCAAUUCGACAUAGAACAAUAUAAAAUGGUGAAGGAAGCUCUUCACGAAAGAGCACAAAUGCUCCAUAGUGCUCCUCAUCUUGCACAUCCUUUACCAAUCAUGUUACCAGUCUACACGUGGUGGCAGAUACCAUAUUAUUGGUUCGGUAUUAAAAUGUACGAUCUAGUAGCUGGCAGCAAAACUGUCAAAUCUUCGUAUUAUUUAAGUAAACAAAAUGCUCUGGAAUUAUUUCCAAUGUUGAAAGGAGAUAAACUCACUGGAGCGAUUGUAUAUUACGAUGGUCAACAAGACGAUGCCAGAAUGAAUCUCGCAGUAGCUCUUACAGCAUCACGACUCGGUGCUACAGUAGUUAAUCAUGUUAAUGUUCUAAAUCUCUAUAAGGGUUUAGAUCGAGAUGGAAAAAGAGUUCUCAAUGGUGUUCGAGUAAAAGAUGAAAUAACUGGCGAAGAAUUCGACGUUAAAGCAAAGGCAAUAAUUAAUGCAACUGGUCCCUUCACUGAUAGUAUUCGCAAAAUGGACGACGCAAGUAUACCUGAAAUUUGUUGUCCAUCUUCUGGCGUCCACAUUGUCCUACCUGGUUAUUACAGCCCGGACCAAAUGGGUUUGCUGGAUCCAGCAACUAGCGACGGAAGAGUAAUUUUCUUCCUACCCUGGCAAAAGCAGACAAUUGCAGGAACGACGGACCUCCCCUGUCAAAUAACUCAUAAUCCAAAACCAACAGAGGAUGAGAUUAUGUUUAUUCUUCAAGAGGUGAAAAACUACUUAAAUCCAGACGUGGAGGUACGUCGCGGUGACGUACUCUCUGCUUGGAGUGGAAUUCGGCCUCUUGUUUCUGAUCCAAACAAACCCAACACUCAGUCCCUGGCUCGAAAUCACAUUGUUCACGUGAGUCCAACAAAUCUUGUGACGAUCGCUGGUGGAAAAUGGACCACUUACAGAGCAAUGGCCCAAGAAACAAUUGACGCAGCAAUCAAAGCUUGCGACUUGGAACCAGUGAGACCGUGUCAAACAGACGGAAUGCUUUUGGAAGGAGCUCACGGAUGGACUCCAACGAUGUAUAUUCGAUUGGUACAAGAUUUCGGAUUAGAAUGUGAAGUUGCUGAGCACUUGGCUAAAAGUUAUGGAGACCGUGCCUUCGCAGUAGCAAAAAUGGCUUCAUUGACUGGCAAACGUUGGCCUAUUAUUGGCAAGAAAAUUCAUCCAGAGUUCCCUUACAUCGACGCCGAGAUUCGAUACGGAUGUCGAGAAUAUGCAAGAACUGCAAUUGACAUGAUUGCUCGUCGUUUGCGGCUCGCUUUUCUGAACGUGCAAGCAGCUCAGGAAGCUCUUCCUGGAAUUAUCGACAUUAUGGCCGAGGAAUUACACUGGUCGGCUGAUGAGAAAAAGAAGCAGCAAAAGGAAGCUAGCGAUUUUCUCGCUAACGAAAUGGGUCAAGUCGUCAAUCGUGCUUCUCGCGAUAAGAUUCCUAUUAAUCUCACCAAAGAUGAAAUUCAAUUAUACAUUAAGCGUUUCCAGAUCAUCGACAAGGAUCGCAAAGGAUAUGUUUCCAUCAACGAUAUUAGACGAGGUCUUAAGGCACUCGGUAUAAAGUUGAACGAAGCUGAAAUGCACAACCUACUCAGCGAAAUCGAUCUCUCAUACAAUGGCCAAAUGGAACUUCAAGAUUAUCUACAGCUCUUUGGAGACAAGGACGUACCGGGUGAGGAACUUCAUGAAAUCCUCCGCGAAAUCGACACAAAUAUGAACGGUCAAGUCGAGCUGGACGAAUAUCUUCAGAUGAUGUCUGCAAUCAAGUCGGGACACGUUGCAUAUUCGAGAUUUGCGAGAAUGGCAGAGAUGGAGGAGGCACAACACGAGAAAGAUGCUCUCAAGAAGAAGAUCAGCGUGGAGAGAUCUGGAGGUGGCCUUUAAAGAGUCACCACAAGAAACUAAUCGUUCGCACAUCCUUUUAGUAUCAUAAUAAACUCUCAGUAAAUAUGUAUUAUUCACUCACACUCUCUAUCACUUCUUUCUUCUGAAUUCUUUCUCAUUCACUGCACAUUAUUUAUUUUUAGAAUUCUAAGUCUAUGAAUUUUCAUCUCUUUGUCGAGCGGUUCUUAUAUAUUUACAAACAUAUAGCAAAAAAAACUAUACCAAAUGCGUCACUGAUGAAAAUACAAAUACUGUCAAAAAUUAAUUAUUUAAAUUUAAUAAUUAGUACUACGAUUGACUGUUUUGUUUAAAAUAAUUGUAUAUUAAAUUUAUAAUUUUCAAAAAUAGUUUAUUUGUAUUUGAAAUUGGUGCAUCAUAGAAUUUUAUUGAAAAUUACGCUUUACAAACCAAAAGCAAAAGUAUUAUAAGCUUUAAGAUUAAAUGAGAAAUAUUUUUUUGAUUACAUGCAUAAGACUGCAAAACAGUAAAACACUCGAUCAACAUUUUUAGAGAAUUGUGCAUUAUAAAGACAUAUUGUUAUUAUAUCGUUUAUUUUAGAGAAAGCUUUUCGAAAAUCUUUUACAAUUUAUUGAUAGGCAUGAAUAUUUAGGAAAAUUUACUCAAUAUUGUAAAGUUCAAUAUGUAUAUAAAUUUAUUAUUUUUUAAUAAUAACAAUAAGUUAUAUCCGUCAUAUUGUGAGAUCGCACGUGCCUGUAUAUUUUUUUCUGUAAUUUAUUUUGCCCGUUAAUCUAUUUUUGUCAUCACUUCAUACAUUCUCAUCUCAUACAUGAAUAUAUGAUCAAUAUUUAGCCCUAUUGCUAUAAUAAAAAUUCAUACUGUUCGAACGACAAUUUUUUGAUUCGCUGGACGACAAGCAAUAAUUACGAAAUAUACGAUAUAAAAACUCUCCUAA